AUGCUUUUCGCUGCUCAAUCGACCGUUCCCACAUCCCAGCCUGUCCGCCUGGACCUCGUCGACGACCCCCGCUCAGGAGGGGAUCUGACUCGCCAAAACCGGGAUUUCUUCCAAUUGAUCGCCGCUCAAACCGCCCGAAUGGUGAUCACUGAUCAUGGAGCUGUGAGGGGUUCAAAAGGUGGGGAGGGGGAGGGGAGGUUCCCAAGGGCGGCCAGUGCGGGGAUCGAGGUUAAUGUGGCCUCUUGCUUCCUCGUCCUGCCAGAAGCCAAGCUACGUCCGCGGGCAACGAUUGCGGAAGCGGCUUUCCCGUGCCGCCUCGACGGACUUAUGAGCGACCGCCGACCAGCACGACGGCGACACAAUUGGGAGAGCCAGUCUCUGUGGGCACGGCGUCAAUUGACAGAUCCAGCCGUAAUCUUGUCGCGGGUACCCAUUAUCCUGCUUACCCUACACCUUGCCGAUGCGUCAUUGCCUUGGGGAGAAUCAUUUUCCUCAAGCUCGCGGGAUUGA